AGCGCUGACAGCAGGCUGGCCGGAGACAGUUGCUGCUGCUGCUGCCGUCGCUGUUGUUGUUGUUGCCGUUUCCGUCUCCGCCGGCUUCCAGUCCACGUUGUGAGCUGCUAUCCGGAUACAACCUGACAUCAGAACGGGACUUAAUUUCUGUUACAGGACACAAAAAAUACAGCAACAAAGUGUUUACGGAGGCUUUUGGACACGCUGACCGCCGCGCUUUCUCCUCUCCCGUCCUCCUCCUGGUGGUAACACGAUUGUCCACGGAGUGAGACUCUGACUGAGAAGCCAACAGCCGAGAGACGUUUGACUGCAUGAAGAGGCCGAGUGACGGGACCCUGGUCCUCACAUAGACCCCUCCCACGACCCCCCCCCCCCCCCGCUGCCUGGACAUGAGGUCGUUCCGGUCAUUUGCAAACGACGACCGCCAUGUCAUGGCAAAGCACGCCAGCAUCUAUCCGGCACCGGAGGAGUUGGAGGCCGUCCAGACGCUGGUGUCCACCGUGGAGGGAGCCCUCAAGAAGGUCUCUGAUUGGAUGGAUGACCUCAACAAAUCCUCAGGGAAGACCUCCACCAAUAACGUGGCUGGGGACAGCACAGUGGAGAAAGAUGCUUCAGAGAUGAAACCGGAUGGCACAUCGGUGCUGUGCGGGGUGACACGUGUCGGUCUGGUGGCUAAAGGCCUGCUGAUCAAAGGGGACAUGGACCUGGAACUGGUGCUGAUGUGUAGGGAGAAACCCACCAAACUGCUGCUAUACACUAUCAGCGCCAACCUCCCCCUGCAGAUCCAGACAAUGACGGAGGACAAAUACGAAGUGCAGUCGUGCGUCCCAGAGGCUGCCAUCCGGGUCUGCAGCACCAAAGACCCCCAACUCGAGCUGAAGAUCACCCUCUCCUCCCUAACCAUGAGGGAGGAACACAGCACCAUAGAAGAAGAGGAGGGCGAUCAGGAUGCCAACAAGGAGAGGCAGGAGGACGAAGUGAAGCAGGAGGAGGAAGAUGUCCUGGACAGGGAGAAGUGCCAGGCUGCGCUGGCUUCGCUCCGACACGCCAAAUGGUUCCAGGCCAGAGUCACAGAUCUCAAGUCCUGCGUCAUCGUCUUGAGGAUUUUCAGAGACAUGUGCAACAGACUGCCUGUGUGGCAGCCUCUCAAAGGAUGGCCUCUGGAGCUGAUCUGUGAAAAGGCCAUAGCCACCUGUAACCGGCCGCUGGGUCCAGGUGAGGCCUUGCGUCGCGUCAUGGAGUGCAUCGCCUCAGGGAUUCUCCUGCCAGGAGGUCCAGGAGUUCAUGACCCCUGUGAGAGGGAACCCUCAGACGUCCUGUCUGACCUCAGCACCCAGCAGGCUGACGCCAUCACAGACAGUGCACAGUAUGCAUUGCGCCUCCUAGCCUUUGGACAGCUUUACAAGGUCUUGAAUAUGGAUCCUCUCCCCGCCAGCAAGCCCUCACCAAGGCUGUUAGAAGGCGGCUGUCAGAAAAGGCUUCGGGAGGACGUCGGGUCAGAUGACAGAGACUUCAUCAAAAGGAUGAAAGUCCUGGACUGGAGGAUGAUGGAUCCAAACCACCCCAUGAACGCUCUGAUGCGUCUAAAUCAGAUCCACCCAGGCCUUCAGUACCGCAUGCUGUCCCAGUCCGGCCCGGUGCACGCUCCAGUCUUCACUAUGUCUGUGGACAUCCAGGGAACCACCUACCAGGCGACCGGGAACUCUAAGAGAACCGCCAAGCUCCAAGUAGCCCUCAAGGCGCUGCAGGCUCUGGGCUACGUGCUCGGCAGCGAGGCCGACGUGGACUCGCUGAGCGCCGACGAGAAGUCAGAUGGCGAAGGCAAGAACGACAGGAUGUCCACCAGCUCCAGCUCCACCUCCAUCACCUCCUCCACAGACACACAGGAGUCCAGAGCUCCAGGUCCGAUUCUGACGGCGGGAGGGAAAAACCCAGUGAUGGAGCUGAAUGAGAAACGCCGGGGCCUCAAAUACGAGCUGAUAUCAGAGAGCGGCAGCAGCUAUGACAAACGCUUCAUCAUAGAGGUGGAGGUGGACAAGCAGGUUUUUCGGGGGACGGGUCCCAAUAAGAAAGUAGCUAAAGCCAGCGCAGCACUAGCCGCCCUGAACAGCCUGUUCUCUGGCUCCAAAUCUACGAGCAACAAGAAGAAACGGCCCAACAACCCUCCUCUAAAGCGACCCAUAGCCUCGGUGCUGACCCUCCCGGCUCUCGCUGCCAGACCUCCACGAGUUCCCGUCAUCCCCAGAGCCCCAUACAUCAGCACCCCACCCACACAUGGAUACAUCCCCCCAGGUUUUGGUGCUCCUUAUGGUUACAGCCCUGCAGGCGCCCUCCCUCCCUACGGCGGCCUGUACAUCGACAGUGCCUAUUACCAGCCGCAGACCAUAGCCACGCCUAUCAUCAUCCACCUGGGCCCCCAGGAUCUUUUCUGACCCCGCCGAUGUACCGAGACCAUACUCCACAACAGCCUCGACCUCCUGUUUAAUCCCUCACCCUUAUUAAACCCUGUCAGCGCCUCUCAAUUACUGCAACACUGCUCCCCCAGGUUUCUCCUUCCGCACGAGACACAGCAGCAAUAUUGAAAGCAAUAUGGAGGAGAAAACACCUCGGGCAACAAUCUGUCAAGUCCAAGUUGGGUUUUAGUGAAGAAGAGGCCGCAGCUCAGACUUUGUUUGACCCAGCUCGUUCAGAGAAUGUCAAUAAAACACAAAGCAAUACUUCUUCUGCCUUCGGGAAUGUCAACGUGUUCCAAGCGACUUGACAUGAGUUGCUGGAUUCAAAACAGAUCACAACAAUGUCAAGUAUUCUAUGUAAAUACGAUAUUUACUAUCUGUAUAUAUGGCUGUAUGUGAGUUUUGAACAUAUAUAUAUAUAUAUGAAAACAUGUUAAUAUGUUUGAAUAUGUAAAACCCAACAACGGGUAAGGAAACAUAUUUAUAAUAUAUCUCUCAAUGUAAAUAGUGACUGAAGUAGCUUUGUAUUUAAAACCCUCUCAGAUAUGCUAUCUAUAAAUAUUAAGAGUUAAAUACAUUUUACAAGCUGUCUAAUAACUGCUAACACUGUAUUGGUAUGUUAAUGGUAUAUAAUCCCUAUUUAAACAAGAUUACAUGUAGUAGACUAAGUAGUCAUUUUCCAUUUUGAACCACCAAGAUAAAUUUCACACACAUUUGGACCUGGUUUUAAUCAUUUAUUCUCCUCCUAUUCAGCUCUUAAGUUGGAGUUUGACAUCUGAUCUGGACAUUCUGCUGCUGUGACACAUCUGUUGGGUUUUUGGUUUAAAUCGAUGGUUCCCAACCCAGGGGCAGGGGCCCUCACAAGAGGUCUCAGGACACAUCUUAGGGGAUCACAGGGUGAAAGCAGAAUAAAAAUAUUUCUACACAUAAUUAUGUUUAUCUUUUACAGACUACUAAACCAGUGAUGAGCAUCACAAAUAGACUUUUCUUCGUUUUAAAGGUUCUCAAGACUAAAAUGUUGGGAACCACUGGUUUAAAUGGUUUCGGAUGAUCCACAAAGAAAAGGUGCAGGGUUUUUAGAAAGUUGUUAUUAACAAAUAUGAUAACUUUCAUCAUAUUUCUGGAAUAAAGCAUUUAUCACUGUAUAUGUAAUUUUAUAUUUCACUAAUAGUAAAUGUUAUAGAAAAUCAAUUGAGAAAUUGUGACAGUUAUGAAUGUCUGUCUUUGGCUAAUCCAAUUAUUUACCAGACAAGUGGAGGGAGUUCAUUAUGUGGGUGCAAAGUCAAGUCUUGCUCAUUUGGCCACUAUUGUUUAACACACCCAGCGACAUUAAAAGGGAUGGACAUCUCUGUAUGGCACUAAAGAUGUUUAGCUUUUGCUUAAUUUGUUAGCAUUCAAGAACUACAGUACCCAUGGUGCUUUGAGAGUAUGGUCAUUAUAAAUGUGAGACUCAGUUGAAUGCCAACAAGAUAAUCAUUUUAUCUUGGACAGAAAACCUCUGAAUCAUGUUUCAGCUAUAUAGAAACCCCCCAUAUAUAAAAAUACAUGGAGCAACAGAUGCUAGUGGAACAGAGCUUUUUAUAGGUUUGUGUAAUGAUUUCAUUGUUUUCAGAAAAUUGUGGAACUUUUCCUCGAGAGAAUUCAACGCCAAGUUACUGAAGAAAACUAGAUACUGUUGGAAUAAAGGGAGCGCCAGUCCCAUUAGCACAUCACCGUACAACACAAAUUAUUUGAUUUGAAGCAAUGUUAAUGUUUUAAGAAGCGGUACCAGAUUAAAUGACAUGUUAAGAUGUUUUUGGUGCAUUAUUCCUCGCUGCAGCCUGACUGGAAAGCACAAGUGUCUAAAGCAAUAUUCAACUCAGGAACCUUCAAACCAUAUAAAACCACAGAAAUGCAAAAUUAAUCUGAUUAUGUGACACAAUCUGUCAACAAAGCUUCUCUGCUGUAGAUGACCCAGUGCUUCGACAGAAUGUGAAUGUCACUGUGGAUAUUUUAAAUAUUUUAAUGUAAUGUGCUGUACUCUUUAAGUGUUGAUGAAUGUUGCUGAAGAAGAUUACCAGGGCCAGAAAUCACUAAGGUCAAAAGGCCUCACUGAGGUUUAAGUGUAUAGUGUGCUUUUUUUGUUUUCUUUUAUGAUUUUAAGGUCUAAAUGUUGUCCACGAGCUUCUAGAUGUGGCUUAAAAAAUGUACAUGAGAGUAAUAACAAGGACUCUUUAAUUUCUUAAGUUGUAAAAACAGUCCUGGCCUCUGAAGUAUGGAAGUUCAUUCAUGACAAAACGUACAGCACUGAUUUGUGCCGUGAUUUAUCUCCAUGUAGAGCGCACAAAGAUAGAUGCUUUGAUGAGUUUUGUGCUGAGUUUAGAUACUUAUCAGCAGACAAAUGAGAUGAAUUUAAUGACAUGAAAGUGCUAAAGAGGCAUCAACAGGACACCAAUGACGAAUGUGAUGGAGCAUGAUGGGAAGUAGCCUGACUGUUUGCAUGUGAGUGAUGAUCAGUUUCCAAAACAGAAUAGAGGCAGGCGUUAUCAAUAAUACCUUCCAUCGCUAUGUAAUUUUAUAUCACAUUGAUCAUAAGUGUUCUGUAUAAUAAAUUCAAUUGAGAAUUGUUUCUAGAAAAAUUAACCAAAUGGGAAUGUUUUUAUCAAAUCCUGUAAAUUAGAUACCUAAUGAACUCAAGUAUUACCAGUGGUGGAAGAAGUACUCAGAUUUUAGAAUAGAAAGUAUUAGUAUCAAACUAUACUUAAAAUACCCAAAAUAAAAGUAUGUGUUCAUCAUUUAGUUAUUGCAACUGGAGCUUAUUUAAAUUACUUCAUAUACUGCUGGGUAGCUUGACCUAUAAUAAUACAUAAUUUUGUUAGCUGAUUUUGCAUUAAUAAUCUAAAUCCACAAUGUAACUUGUAACUAAAUCUGUCAAAUAAAUGUAGUGGAGUAGAAGUAUAAAGUAGCAUAAAAUGGAAAUACUAAAUGUACAUAGUUACAUUCCACCACUGGGCAUUCUUCAGAAAUCAUGUUAAUCCAAAAUUGCCAUUAAGUAGCUAGGCCGAAUCACCACUAUGUCAACCAGAGAUAUUAAAUAACCGCCUCGGAAAAAUAUCCAACAAUAGACAAAUAUUUUUAUUAUCACACGGUACUGUACGGUACAGGGGAGUUACCAUAAUUACCAUAGUUUCCAAUUUUUACGUACAGUUUAAGUUGUAAUCUGCAUUAUGUGUCUUGGAUUUUACUGAACGCUCUGACAUAUCUGAUGCGGUGCUUAAUAACAUGGAAAUGCAUGAAAAGGCGAACUAUAUGGACGCCUCACAUCAGGUCCAUGUUCAGGGCAAUGAAGCCCAGAUUUUUGAAUAUAUUGGAUAUUAUUUUUCAACAUUUACUAAAUCUGCAAUUAGACAACCGUUUUAUUUGCCUGAUAAUAUGAACAUUUGUACCAUCCAUCAUAUCAAUAUCACAUCUCCUCACCUUAACUGAGAGCAAAGGACACUACUGCUUCCUUAAAUCCAAAGACGCAACUCAUCUGGCAGUUUGAUUACAUUCACCCUGUCGUCACUCUUUCUCCAAACCUAUUCUGUCUUUAAAUCUGCUAUUACACUUUUCAGCUUCUUAACUGCUGUUUUGGUCUCGCUCAGUAGUUUUUGUCUUUUCUGAACUUCCAUACUAAUAGUUCUGUACAGCUCCAGCAGUUUUCUGAUUUGUAUGGCUUUAAGUUUGGUUCUGGCAACACAACCAGGAUUCUUGUCUUCAUUGGGUGAAAUCAGAAAUAAUUUUCUGAUUUGCCGUGUAAAAAUGUGCAAGAGUGUGCAAAAUAGAAUAGAAGAGGCAUAAAAAACAUUGAGAAAUGUGUGUGUAAUGUUUGUUUCUAACCUUGUCUUCAUCAGAGCGAGUGUUCCUCCUGUCACACUCGGCUGCUGCAAAGCUAAUUACAUCUGAGCGAACAAAAAGAGUGAAAGUAACGCCUGAUUACACACUGCGAGAAUAAAAUAACAGCCCAAACCACGACCACGAAAACCAGCUGUUUAUAUGAAAAGCUGUUGCACUUAAUGAGAAACAAAUGUGUAGGAAGACUAACUGCAGGAAGCUUAUUUGGUCUCCAGUAUCCCACUGAUGUUCCCCGAAUCUCACCUACAUGACACGUACAGCGGUUUGAACAUUACAACACAGGAGACUAAAAACACACUUGACACAUUUUAAUUUUCCACUGGAUCAAAAUCAGUACCACUUAUUGUCCGGGUAACAUCCAGUUUAUUGUUCUUGCCAGUAGCAUCACACAGCAGAUCAAAAUAAAACACUCCAUCAGUCAAAGUGUUGAUGUUUUUUCCCUGUUGGUUCAUGACUGGAAUGUUUAUUUCUAUUAAAUAAACAGUGAUUUGUUUGGCCUGAA